GGUGCUGCACCGUGCACGUGGCAUUCCAUUCGUGAUUGUUUUCAAAAUCAAGCGGAGGGAGAUGUACAUGAAUUUCAUUGUAUUAAUGAAAGUAGUGAAAAGGUCAUGCACAUCAUGUUAAGUCGAUAAUUUACUACAAAAGUUUCACUGAAUGAAAUUCCUGCAGCUACGAUGUACGAUAAUUAUAUUAAAUUGCCGUUUUUAUUAGCAAUACAUGAUCCAGUUAAGCUUAUCAUAAUAAAAUCCUCAGUCAAGACUUUCUUACUUGAAUAAUAUCAUCGUAACCGGUGUAGUUUUUUAGAGAAACAACGGUAACUAAAUUUAUGAAAUUCGUUUGUUGUGAACCCGCAUUCCUUUGACAGCCUUGAGCCACUCUGGCUGACAUUUUCAUUUAACAGUAACGCGGAGUAAUGAUAGAGAAGACUGAAUGUUCAGCUCAAAUAUUUCAUGAUAACCUAAAGAGGAGUGAGACAGCCUGGUUAAUGAAAACAUGUAAUGAAGAAUAUAUCUGUGCACAGGAAUGCCACAUCAAGCAUACCUACCUUCAAUGUGUUGUUUACUUUUUUUCAUAAGGCUACUUUUAUAUUCAGGAAAAUAAAUAAACUACAAAGAAUGGUUUAGUUAGUAGCAGUGUUUUUAUAAAAGGAAAAUGUGUGGUGUGCACAAAUACAUUGUAAAAUAAUAGGUAUCAGUAUUGUUUACAAAACUUGAUGUAGAGGUAGGUCAUACUGAAUAAUAUACAAAUGACCCACGAAAAGUGUAAAAAGCAUCAUGCGAAAAAGAUUGAAGAAAUAAUAAAAAGUUUCUUGUCUGGCAGUACUCGGCAGCUAAGAUUUCGCGCCAUAUUGGAUCUCAGGUGAAAAAUAUUAGAAAAUCGACGGUUUUGACGGUCCUGGCGCCGAAAGUGAGGCUAAUGUGACUGUUUAAGGGAACUCUUCACGCAAUGGGACCAGAACAAGCCUAGGUGGGUCAGGCCCAUGUAGUGGCCGGCCAGCCCAGCACUAAUGCCCACCCUGGACCCCGGCCACCCCACCCAGUACCUGCCCAGCCACCCUCCUCCACCAAUGGCCAAUCCUUACGCUCCCUCACGCUCUGGCCCGCCCCCAGGCCCCAGUUAUGGCCGCCUGCCCCCAGCUGGCCCCCAGGUUAUGCCUCCUCCUCCACACCGGGUCCCCUCGGGCCACCUCAACCCUGCUGGCCGAGGUCCAACUGGUCCCCUCAAGUCCUCUGGCCCUUCUGGGCAAUAUCUCCACCCACGACCCCACCCUGAACCACUACCCCCAGGAGAGCCCCGCCAGCCCCCUGCUUACCCCGAACCUCCAAGGUACCCUGGUCCCCUGGUAGAUGACCCAGAGCGGCACCAUGUGGGGCCGAAACAUGAUGGGCGUGUCGAGGAUGAGGCAGGGCGGCACUCCUUGCAUGCCCAGCUGGCUGAGCUGCGGCACCUGAGGGAGGCUCAUCAGCGCCUCACUGACGACAACCAGGAGUUGCGUGACCUGUGUUGCUUCCUGGACGAUGACCGACAGAAGGGCCGCAAGCUGGCUCGUGAGUGGCAGCGGUUUGGGCGGUACACAGCCUCAGUGAUGCGGCAAGAAGUCACUGCUUACCAGAACAAGCUGCGCGGCCUUGAGGCAAAACAACACGACCUUAUCAAAGAUAACCUGGAACUCAAGGAGCUGUGUCUGUACCUUGAUGAGGAGCGCAACAAUGCCACCUGCACUCACUGUGGCAACCCACUCAUCACCCGGGACGACGGCGACGGCUCCUCCUCAUCCACUAACGCAGACGAACCCUCUGGCCCCCCCCAGUCUGCACCCCAGCCCCCAGCACCCCCAGACAUCCCUCUUGCCCGUUCCUCAUCUAGGGAACGGUUGCUGGAGGAUACUCUCAUUCGCCAAAGGUCGCCCAUGAAUGAGCAAGUCCUGAGCUACAUCAAGUCCCUAGAGAGCCGAGUGUUGAUGUUGGAGGCGGAGAAACAACAACUGGCUGAACUUGUAAAGCCCAGCCGCUUCCACCCAGAGGGGGCAGGUGGAGAGAGUGGGGAACUGCCUCCCCCUGCACCUCCUCCUCCACACUCCCGUCCUCUUCAGCCACCACCUUAUUCCCUCUCCCAUCACUUGAGGGCAGUGGGGCUCGGGCUCACUCACAGAGCACCCCUCGGACCUGGGUCAGGUGACAGUGAGGAGGACCUGCUCCCUGAAGGGCCGCCCCCGCUAGUGUCCCGUCCCACUUCUGUUGCAGCUGCCAUGAGGGUGCUGGAGGUGCAGGAGCAGCUGGAAGGUGUAAUGGCCCCCCAUCCAUCCUCAGGUCCUCCCCCCUCACAGGGCCCCCCUCCCCCCACCCAGCAGCCUGCACCCUCACCUCAUGAUGCUGCCCUUGCUGACGGGGAGAAAGCCCUCCUGAGGCAGAUGUGUAAUGUGGUUUGGAAGAAGCUGGAGGAGGUGCCCAACCAGAACAGAUAACAAGUUUUGAUUCCCUCCUUACCCUAUUCCAUUUCUCCUCCUUUGCUUCCUCUUUCUGAGUGUGUGGGAAUAUGCAGGCAUCUUUCCCCACCUCAGCAUGGAUACCUCCUCCUUUCUCCCACCCUCCUCUCCCAUUUCCUGUCCAUACCAUUCCCUCUUUAAUCCCUGAUCAGAAUUCUCAUUGAGGAAUCUUGCAAGUGUCAUGCAAACUAAUCAAGUGCCUUCCCUCCUCUCAACUUGGCAUAUGAAGAUUUCCUCCUCCUCCUCAUUCCCUGCUUCUCCAGGCAAGGUAUGGUAGUGUACAGUGUCUCAGCAGUGCACAGGAGCAGGUUUUUUUUAUCAAUACUUUAUUUUCUGGCAUAAAGGGAAGAUGCACUGAUUCACAUAGUAUAGCACCUGUAUAUAUGUCUUCAGAUGCAGCAGUGUAGAGCCUCAACAUGCAAUGGUCUUUUUGUCAGUGCUGUGUAAUAAGAAUAGUUUUACAUGUCUUGUUUCGAGCGUCGACAAGCUUUGUUUGUAAAGGAUUUCAAUAUAUUCUAUGGUUACAAUCUAGACAGCAGGUGUCUUGAGGCAGCAGUCAGUGUGCUGGCUUACCCAGGUGGUCUGUCAGCCUUCCUCAGGGACUGCAUAUUUAUAAAGUUGUCACCAUGAUUAUAUUAAUUCACCAGUUCCUGUUUCAUGCAACACCUAACACUAAAAGAUUUUGUAGAUGUCCAGUGCCUCUACAUCUGACACCUUCCACCAGUAUCACAAUACACAGAGGUAUGGUAUUCAUAGCAAUGCAUUUUCUUUCUGUGGUUGUGUCUGAUAAUGACUACUCUUGCCAUUGCUACUCUCAUUGGCAAAUUUCAACGUUAAUUUUUUUCAAUGGUAAUUAAGAGGUAUAUCCUAUGCCAGAAAAUAUAGUUAUAUUUAAUGGGAAAUGCCAUAACAAUUAAGUAACAUGUAGCAUUAGGGGGAUGUUUUUAUUAUCUAACAUAUUGAUCAAGCUCAGUAUUACAUAAAUUUUUAGUUGGGGAAAUUAACAAGUGAUGGUAAGGAUGCCAGUGCUAGACAGUCUGUGCCAUGUGGCACUAAGGUCAUUUAGGGAUAGAGAUCCUUCCUUGUUCAUCCUAGAGGCUGUUCUGUGGAUGGCAAGUUUACUGAGAUGCAACAAACAGGUCAGUCAUGUCUGCCUUGCCUGAAACAUGUGUGUCUUUAACAGUCUGUGGGGCCAUCAGGUUUGCAAAGCAUUCCAAGGUCAUUAUGACGAAACUCACUGACACGAUGACUUCAAUAUUUCUGUUGCUUUCAAAUUAUUUGGAUAAUUGUAGACUUGUUCAUAGCAAUAAAGAAGAGCUAUUUUAUUGCAAAUGAAAAUGAAGGAUGUGGUAUGCAUUUAGGUUCUAGAUGUCAGUAUCAAAGUAGCCAGAACAUAGUUAUGCUAAUGAGCUUUGUUGCCCUGCGUUGAAGCCUUGGUUUGUCAGUCAGUUGUCAUUUUGGUAAUCAGUGUGACGAGCAAUUUCAAGAAAAAAAAUUGUUCUCCAUUUCCCACGUAAACUAGGUUGACCACGCUUUGAAAAAUGUGUAGAUAACCAUUAUUUUGCAUUAAUUAAUUGCAGCAUAUUGUUAAUAUCUCAUCCCGUUCAUUUCUUGUUCUUUCAUAACAUUGGUAGACUAUUUCUUUAUAUCUUAUCUUUUUCUGUUGGUGAAAUAACAUUUUCAUCUACCUCAUAUAUGGUUAUUCAAAACAAGGAACAUAACUAAUCAGUUAUUUUUAAAGGCAUGAUGAUAAUAGUAAUUUUUCUUCUUUUAAACUCUUAAGGUUAGAGAAUAUUUACUCCAGUGUUCUGAUUUCUUUAUAUAAUUUAAUAUUGUUGAAAAUCAUUUUUUAUUAAAAAUUGAUCUUCAUUAAUAUUAAAUGUUUAUGUUUGUAGCUGUGGUGCUGUUGUACAUUGUUAAAUGCCUUCCCUCAUUUAGUUAUUAACAGUUGCUCGUGAAAAAUUGUUCCGUGAUAAAAAUAGACAUCUAUUUUCACAAGAUUGCACUGAUAGGCAGUGCCAUUCAUUCUGUCCUCUUCCUGACACCAAAAUGUCAAGCCUGUUUUUCUAUAAUCAUGCCUAGGUCUUUUGGGCAUCAGUACUUAAAAUGUGAAGUAAAAAGAGCUUGAACACCAAAACUACCAUUGAAGGGGCCUUACUAUUCCAAACAUUUGGCAACUCUGAUGGUCUCACAGGAAAGUAGAGAAGACGUCAAAUGAAGACAAUAAUUUGAUAGAGAUUUAAUAUAAAUUACAGGAAAUUGUGUAAUGUGUAAAGGUGUGUGCAUGUGUCAGCGUAAGACUGUUGCCCAUUGUUGCUUAGCAUGUUACACUGAUGUCACCUUCCCAUCUAAAAAAUCUUUUUAUCUUUGUAGGUAAGUGUGUAGAGUUGUCUUGAAAAUGAGCUAUCUCUUUGAUCUUUGCAAGCAUGCACAUGCAUGGACACACACACACACACACACUUACUUUACAUUCCACUCUGCAUCCUUGAUCUUGGUCAGCUUUCACUAUUCCUCUGUAGGAAGAUAAUUUUGUCCACACCAAGGCAGAGCCCAAGCUGUUUUUGCUGUUUAUUUCUUAGGUAGCUGCAUUUAGGGUGUAAGGAAGAGGGUGCAAAAGUUGCAGCUUUCCACACAAGGUCACCUAUGUAGAGAUCCUUUGGGCCCACACAUACAUUUUGUAGAAACUUCAAGUUUACUAUAAUUGCAACACAUUUUGUAUGCCCAGAAGACAGCUUCAGUCACAUCAUCUGAGUGGAACAGAAUAUUGAUGGAGUAGCAAGUGGUGCCGUGCCAUAUACGUUGUGUGGGUACGGGGGAAACAGUGAUGAGUGAAAGUUUUGUGUGGUAAUCUGCCCCUGCUCCCUUCAGAUGAGUGUGUGUGUUUGUGUGUUUGUGUGUGUGUGUCAGAACUGGGAUUAUACUGUACAAGAGACAGCUAACUGUCAUGCAAGGGAAGGACUGAUGAUCAUUGCCCUCCUGACCUUGCAGCUUUAAGUUUUACCUGUGCUUCCUAUGAAAUGUACUGAGAAAAGUGCAUCCCAUUCUGCUGUGUUUGAACCACAGUGGUCAUGCAAAUUCCCUAUUUUCCUUGUAAAUAGUACAUGUUUAUGUAGGGUCUUAAGGUCCAAAUGACACCAAAUAUAUACAGUAACUUUCCACAAGUGACAUCCAUUGACUAUCUUCACUUAGAGCCUUCUCUGGUCACUUUAAUUCUUCAUCAUAGGUUUCAUCAUCAUCCACUUUUGUAUCACCAUAUCUGGCAUGUUAUGUAAAUAGUAAAACUGAAUCAGAACUUCUUAGCAGCAGGUAGCAUGAGCAGUAUUGAGCUGUAUAUGGGUAUGUUGUAAGAGACAAGAGGAAUGGUGCUGGGAUUGAGAGGGGAAAGAGUAAGCCUACAGGUUGCAGGAAGACAUGAUAUAGUUGAAAAAUAUUUUGACUCAAAGAAUAUCUGCAAAAAAAUAGUAAUGGAGGUGGAUUGAAAUAUAUAUGACUACAGAAUAGCAUAAUAGCAUAGUGCUGCAAAAUUAUUUAAAAUGAAGUUCAGUCUGAAUACGACUCUUGGCAUGAACGAUCAGGUUGGCCAAUCCUCAGCUUUUCAGUAAAUUCCACAUUAUCUUCAGGCUUCGUCAUAUUUUGUACUCAUCAUAUGCUGAGUGGCACCAGAAUCUGCCACAUCACAACAUUGACAAUGCAGUUGUAACUACAUUCUUGAGAUUUGCUCUUCACAGCUACACAGCAACUAUCAUGUCCUCCAGGGUGUCUGGGGAAACCUAGGGAAGGUAAAUGUGGUAACCUGGAUGUCAUGCUGGUCCUGUCCCAGAAUAAUGAGUUACCAGUACUUCCCGCCACAGACUCAAUGGCCAAUGUGACAGAUGAGAACCGAGGCCAUGCUCAUCUGUAGCAUAUGCCUCCUUUAUUACAUUACCAGCAUUCAUACCAAUUUGUAACAACUUUGUUGGUGUAUAUACCUUUUUUUUCUGCAGUGUUGAUGGUGGGUCUUGCCAGGAAGUCACUCAACAGAUUGGCCUGGCCUUCGGUGUUGUGGACUCACUCAAUAUGAGUAUAAGGUGUUGUUGAUAUUUUUGCAGGCAGACAAAGAUUUGAAUCUUUAAGUCACUUGGGCUCCCUGUCUUAGUGUAUGACUGUGAGACAUGGAUACUGAAUAGUGACUUGGAGAGGCAUGUCAGUGCCUUUGGUACCAAGUGCCUUUGUAGGAUUGUGGAAUAUUGUUGGGAUGACUGCGUGUUGAACCAGCGACUACGCAAUAAAACUGAAUCAAGGCCUGUUACUAGCUUAGUUCGUGAAUGCCAACGUCAGUUAUAUUGGCACGUGGCAUGUGUCAUGGGCGUCAAUCCUGCCUACAGGAUUGUUUUUGUAGAAGAUAGCCCUGAGCGGAGGAGACCAGGGGAUGCCCAAGUAACUUACGGCUGAGGCAAGCUGAUUGAUUCAUGGAGGGGCUUGGGAUGGGAAGGGCAGCUGUGUGGUGGCUUGCCCAGGGAACUGUUGGGGGUGGAGUGCCGGGCGAGUGAAGCAACAUACCCCCUGGCAUAUGCUCCCUCUUUGUUGUUAGUAGUUAGUUAACUGACUGGAAUGUGCCAGCAUCAAUAUGGUCUUCAUGCACUUCACCAGCCACUCUUUUUUUCCCAUUCUACAUUUUGCCACAGGCCUUGCAUGUAAGAACAUAAAUAUACAUAUAGCAGAUGAGCCUCACUGCUAUAAGCUACAAGCUUUAUUGAUGAAACUAAAUUGCUUUUAUGUUUACUGUUUUUUCUUAUAACAAAUUGAAGUACAUAAUUGUGGAAAGAGAAAAUGGCUGCAUAGCUAAGGUGACCAGAGUCCCGCUUUAUUUACGUUUGUCCUGCUUUUUGAAGUGUCCCUAAAAUGUCCUGGUUUAUUUACAUCUGUCCCGCAUUUAUUUAUUUGGUAUUGAAAUGUCCCACUUUUUUCAUGAACUACUAAUAAUUAUACAUUUUUACAGUCUUUUAUGUUUCACUAACUGGUAACUUUACACAAGUCAUUCUUGUACCGUCCAUACUCCAUACAGGUCAGGGUGAAGAUUGCUACGCGUAGCUAUCUUUACCUUGAUACAGGUACGGAGUUCCUAUGAGAUAUUGUGCCUCCAACUCUACUCACAUUAGUAUUAGAUUUGCAUUGCUGGCAUGAGGUGCACUCUGUGUAUGUGUGUGUGUGUGUGUGUGUGAGAGAGAGAGAGAAAAUGUCCCGCUUUUAGCUUCAGCAGAUCUGGUCACCUUAUGCAUAGCAUGCCUUUCCCACAGCUUAUUAAUUUUGGGGUGUGAUAGUAACAGUCAAAGCCAUUGUCGCUUUUACACCUGAACUGGGCUCUCUGUUUUCUAAUAUUUUCAAUUUUUUUACCAAUUCAUCGUCCAUAGCCACCUCAAUCUCCCCCUACCUGCCUUCCCUGCCCCUCCUCACCCCCCCCAUCUUAACAGCCCCAAAAUUUCUUCUGAUGAGAGAGUGAGGUCAGCCCCUGAGGACAGGUGACUAACUCUCUCUCUCUCUCCCUCUCUAUCUCUUGCAUUUUCCAUCUUUGUCACACACACACACACACACACACUUUUUACUUCAAUUUUAUUUCCUUUCUUGCCUGUCUUCUUCCUCUGUUUCCUCCAUGGAGAUAGAAUUGAUGGACUUGACAUGGGCCGCUAAUCCCAUUCAUUGAAGCGAAGCUGCCGAACUGUCAUUUUUAGGGCUGCAAGAUGAGGGAUACCCGGGUGAGAGCUCACGCCCACUACCUUAGUUGGUACCUCCAGAUCCCAUCUCAUUCAUUAUGAUGUUGGUGUUUUUGAUUAUCAUACAUUUAUUGAUGUGAUAGAUCUAUUUCAUAAAUACCUGACACCUGACAGGUGUCUGCCACCUUGCGGCCCUAAAAAUGACAGUUAACCCUUUCACGCACCAAAAGUUUAAUAAGUUUCUCUUUCCACUGCGACAUCCAUCUGGGGCUCCCAAGGGGACCUCGAGGAAUGGCCUGACCGUGCGGCGAAACAUUUUAUCAUGUUAUCAAUUUCACCCACAAGUAUUCUUUUUUCCUGGCAUUGUUAUAUAUAGUUGGUUUUGGAAGAGAUUAUUCUGCCCUAUGAAAGAGAAAAAUUAUCAAGAAAUGCAAAUAAUUAACGAAGUUUACCGACUCUGAAUUUUUUUUUUAAAGGGACAACAGUCGCGCUCACAGGCUGCCUGCUGGGAGGCACCUAAACCACGAGCAAUUAUCACUUCAAAUCCAACGGCACAAGAGAGUUGACGAUUAGUUCAUUUUAUAGGUCUAGCUUGGAUCUUUGACGCAAAAACUUUUGACGCGAUUCUGAAAGAUAAUUUAUUUUUGGCGAUUUUUUAAAAAAAAUUGACGCGAUUCGAGUCAAAAGCUGAUGUAGACAAUUCCGUUUUGACUUGAAUCACGUCAUGGUGCGUGAAAGGGUUGAUGACAAUUCAGCCGCUUCAUUGGUCAGGGGCUGAUGUCGACUCCAACCCUUAUACCUCCAUGGUUUCCUCCCAUUUUUUCCCUCCCUACCAUCCACCUUAUGAGGGUUCGCACCUCCGCCCACUUCUCCUCCACUGCUCCACCUCCACCUCAUGACACGUAAAAUGUAAUUUGUUUCAGUUCUUACAGAAUUACCAUUUUACCAUAAUAUCCCCUGUCCCUCUCUGGGGUUUUGUGGUGCAGUGGUUAGCACACUCGGCUCACAACCGAGAGAGCCUGGGUUCGAUUCCCGGGUGGAGUGGAAAAAUUUGGGCGGCUUUUCUGAUACCCUACGCCCCUGUCCACCCAGCAGUGAAUGGGUACCAGGUAUUAAUCGGGGGUUGUGUCCUGUCUCCAUGGAUUUGUUCCCUUCUCCUAUAAUUCCUUCCCCCUUCUGUCUCUCUCCGGCAUAUGACCACAGAUGUUGCGCCGACUAAACGAAACUUUCCAACUUUCCCAUGUCUUUCUCUUUUAUUUCCUUACAACAAUCCUUUCCUUCUUCCUCUCUCUCUCUCUCUCUUGCAAAAUCAGUGGCUGUGUGUGUGUGUGUGUGUGUUUGCAUUAAAAGAAAAAGAGAGAGAGAGAGAGAGAGAGAGAGAGAGAGAGAGAGAGAGAGAGAGAGAGAGAGAGAGAGAGAGAGAGAGAGAAAUAUUAAUCAGAAAAUAGGAAGAAGAUAAAAUCAUAGAAAAAAGUGAAAAGGGCAAAUGAUUAAAUAAAAAUAUACCUCUAAAAUAGAGUGCAAAAAGUAAAGAAUUAAUGAUAUUAAAAAAAAGAUAAAUGAACUGUAAGAUAUAAAGAGAGUGUGUGUGUGUGUGUGUGCUUUUCUCCUCCUCCUCCUCCUCCUUGUCUUCUUCCUCAUCCAUUCUUUGUCUACUCUUCUACUCUGCCUUUCUGUCAUCUUUCUCCAACUCUCUUUCUCAUAUUUCCCCUUGUUCGUGUCAUGUUUUUUCGUCACUGUUUCUCUCUCUCUCUCUCUCUCUCUCUCUCUCUCUCUCUCUCAAGCCUCCCCUUCUUAAUCCACACUCCUCCUAUUGUCUCCUGGGAUGUUGAGCUGUGUGUAGGAAGGGAAGGGUGGGAUGGGGUGGGGUCAUGGUGACAGGCUCAGAGCAAACUUCAAGGGAAAGGCUGAGGAAGUGGAAAUCUGCCUCCUACUCAGCUAAAAGUGUAAAAGAGACAAUGGCUUUGACUACAUACAGGGAUGCAUGUAACUUUGAGUUAUGCAAAAAUCUUACUUGAAAUGAAUACACAGAUAGUUGAACAGUUUUAUCUAAAAAUAUGCAUAAUAGAAAAAAAUAAGAUUAUUCUGGCAUUGCUGCCACAGGCAGCUGCCAUAGAGUAAUGUUGCGACUUGAAUGAUUGAUGUUAAUUAUGAAAGGUGUGGUGAACAACAAAACUUCUUCAAAUUAAAUGAGAUGCUGGGGACCAGUAUUAUUUUUUAUCAUUGUGUUGUUAGGCAUGUUCACAAGGUGCCAUAAUGGGUUACUAAUACAAGUGAGUGUUUUUUCCAUGGCUGGAAAUCCAAAAUAGACAUUUUAUUUACCAAGGAGGCAAGCUAAAUGUGAUUGGAAUCUUGAUCUAGAUUCAGAUUAGGGUGAGCAGAAUUAAGACCAGAAACAUGUUUGUGUGCAAAGUUGUGAAAUUCUAACAUUGUUAGCAUGCCUUUGCUUUAUCAACUUAAUAGAGGUAAAAUAUUUACCAAAGCCUGGCAGUGGCAUGCAUUCAGUUGUAAAUUGAUUGUUGCAUGCCAUCACUCUUCUUCCCCCAUACCAUUGCCUUGGAUGCUCUUUUAUUUUCUGCAGAAUCACAGUUGCUCAUUAUUGCAAGAAGUUUGGUGGAACCAUUUGAUAUUUUCUUUACUCACUUUUCUCAUACAUGAACACUUUUCAUCGUUGUUUCUUGUAUGAAUGCUUGUCAUAGUUUUUUAUGUAUGAAUGUUUGUCUGUAGAGGACUUCCUGUCUAUCACAUCAAUUGCCAAAAUUCAGAUACCAAACCGAAUGGUAUGUGUAGCUUAUUUAAUUUUGUUAAAAAUUAUAAUUUUAUUCAUGAUUUUGUAUAAAGAUUUCUGGGGUAUCAAAUAUUUUAAAUGUUGUAUUACUUGUGUCUGUAUCUCAGUGCAAUAAGACAUGUUAAUACAUGAUGCAUGCACUGACUAAGUUUUACUGAUGACCUCGAGGAGUAUUGGAAGAAGCUGUCACAACUUCACAUUAAAAACAGUUGUGUGAAAAGUUUGUGAUUGCUGUAGCUUCUGGCAUAGUGUCAGGAAUAUCCUUUUGUGAUGUGCAUAGCCAGGUGGUGUGCUAGAGAGAUAGAUUAAGUUGAUGCAGUAUGCUAUGGAAGUACCUGUUAUCGUUUACUCCUAGACUAGUAAUAUAUGAUUUCUUUUUAAAUUGUAUUUGUAGUACGAAGCUGGUUGGUGUAUCAUGUUUGUGUGAGUGUGCAUGUGUCUGUAGUUGUGGGUGUUUGUAUAUGAAUAUCAUAUGUCUUUCUUUUUAUUUAGAAUUUAUAUAUUCUUCAUUACUCAAAAUUCACUUCCUCCUUCUUUCCUUACAGCACUGUCUCUACCACCAUUUUUUAGUAAUAUCUGCAACUACUGUUUUCAUUACUUGUCAUUCUCAUUAUUAUAGUGGUCCAAGGCUCAACAUAUACUUUGUGUAGUAAAUAUAGUCCUCAGAGUAAUUUUAGAAAAAUUAUAUAUAUAAAGAUUAUAUUUUUUAAUGGUGCAGUGUGUGAACUUAUUAGAUUAGCAAGUUGUAAUAUAGCAUUGUGCAGGAAAUAUAUUAAGGAUGUCAAUAAAGUACAGAUUUAUAUAUGUAAUGUAAAUUGUAUAAUUUUAGCAUGUAUUCCAGCAUGUUGCCCUUCACAUGUGUUCCAACAUGGUGCCCUUUACAGGAAAGAAUUACUAGCUCCAGGUGACACUGCAGUGCAUUUGUGGAUCAGCAAGGUAAGCAAGCAUUUUUAACACAUCAGACACAUCUAUAAUUGUUUGGAGUUCUAGCAUUCAACCACUGCCUACCACACUUGUUUGUCUCAUAAAGAAUAAUGAGGUACAUCUGAACUGCAGUGGAAUUUUGGAUUGGCUUGGCCCAUAGUGUUAUGGACUCACUUAGAAUUGUCAAUACCUGUGCAGAAGGACAAAGAUCCUGAUAUUCAAGUUGUAUUUGCUCCAUCUUACUCUGUGGGUGUGAGACAUGGACAUUGAGCAGUGACUUGAAGAGGCAAGUCAGUGCUUUGGUAAUAAGUGUCUUUGCAGAAUCAUGGGGUUCUGGUGGAAUGACAUUGUGUCAGAGCAGAAAAUACCCCAUGACUGAAUCAAGGCCUGCAUAGUCUGAACACCAAUUCUGGCUAUAUGGACAUGUGGCAUGCUAUCCAUUAGUCAACCCUGUUCACCAGGUUGUUACUGUAAGAGAUAACCCUGAAUGGAGGACAAGGUGCCUGCAUGGAAAGUUGCUUGUUGGAACCCCCAGGGGAUGACAUUAUAGGGUGGUAAGACAAGGAACCCCCUGACAUAUAACUCAGUUGAUUGAUUCAUUGAUUCCUCCUCUUACACACCCUCUCAGAUUCAUCUACAGCAUCCUUUCAUAUUCUGACAUUGCUAUACCAAAUUCAAUGGUGCAGCUCUGGUCUCUGAUACCAAAACCCUGCAAUUCUCAACCUCCUGGAUCUUGCAAAAUUUAGGAAAGAGCUGUUGAUGUUCCUAGGACCAGAACCUUGGGGACCAAUACAUAACUUGUAGCCAACCGUCAGUGCCAGUAGUAGCAUUGAAGUUGCCCAAGACAAUGAGUGUUUCCCGAGGAGGGCACUGGUCUAAUACGGAGUUGAGUUUGGCAUAGAACACCCCCUUGUCUUCAGUUUCACUCAUCUCAGUAGGAGCGUACACUGCAACAAGAGACAUGAAGCCCAGUGUGUGCAUCAGCCUCACUUGCAUUAUAUGCUCAUCAACUGGAGUAACCUCAGCUACAAAUGGCUGCCGUUAGCUGGAGAUACCUAUAGCUACCCCCUUAACCCUUUCAAUACGAUGACGCUUACGUAGGCGUCAUGAAGCCUCAGUAGCAUAUACGAUGACGCCUACGUAGGCGUCAUAUUUCUAUUGUUUCUUCUUCUAUUGAGUUCUCCCGUACUUUGUGUUGGUUACUAAGUAAAGACGCCGUAUGCUGUCUUUGAAAUCCUAUUGCUCCUCCCACCAUCCUUGUUCCCACCAAUCACAAAAAAUGAGCUACAGUAUACACCGCCUUGUGUUUAAAAUUAGGAAGUCUCAUUCUCUCUCUCUCUCUCUCUCUGACACCGAGGCGCCGACACCAUCACGUCUCGCCAACAUUGCCAGAUUGCCGUAUUCAGCCUCCUAUUUUUGCCAAUUUCCGACCCAAAAACUGCCUCCUCGACCCCAAUAACUGCCUAUAUAAAUAGAUAUCGGUAAAAUAAUUAAUUAUUGGUGUCUUUUGGCAACUUCUAUGGCUCAGAAAUAGGUAAAUACGAGGCUCUGAGUAGUACAAUAAUCUGGCAACGGUGCGUCUCGCCCACCUCUCUCUCUCUCUCUCAGACACCAAGGUGCCAACACCACCACUCCUUGCCUAUCUCUCUCUCUCUCACACACACACACACACACACACACACACAUGUACACACAUACAUUGUCUGUGAUGACAAAGCAGUAUCUG